AAAUCAUGGAAGUCAACUCGCUACUGAUUGCCUUGAUUUUCCCCGCCAUUGCGGUUGCCCAGGUUACCAACACAGUCUAUCUGGACAACUCGGCAGGAAAUGAGUGUGGGAAAUCAACCAAGCUGUCCAGUGGAUCUCAGAUCCGCCUCAGCACCAAUGGGAAGACAGAGGACGGGUACUGCGGCUUCCUCAUCCACCGAAUCUCCGACCCCAACACCAAGUGCCCUUUCCCGGGAAUGUGCGCGCGCAUCGACAACUCUAAAAUGACGUCAUGUCAAUCUAAAGUAGCAUUUACAGGAAAAUAUUUCGAUAAAACUCCAGAUAGUACACAGGAACUAAGCUGCUACAUAAAACCAAAAGGAGCUCAGUUCUGCACGCAGGCGCCAGCCAUGCGCGUGGAGGUGACGGAAAAGCCCGACUAUGCAAUGAAAGAAGCUCAUGAUUACGGAUUCAACAUCACUGUGUACUCCCAGUGUUUUGACAACAAAGAGGCUGUUAUUGUGGAAUAUGUUGAAGAUGAUUAUAGGGCUCCCAACUUGGAGGAGGGCUGGCACAUGAAUUACAUCUUGGGCAUCGUCACAGCCUCGUGCAUUUGUAGCAUAUUCCUUAUCAUAUUGUGUACAGUCAGAUUGUACACGCGCAAUAAUCCAAACUACAGAAACUUAAGUAGCGACGCCAAAAAAUAAAGACACACAAGAGUGACCCUAGAAAAAUUAAUAAAUAUUUCAAUUUCUCCUUUUUAUUUUAUUUUAACUUUAUUAGUGUAGUUCGUGUUCUAUGUAUGUACUUGUAAUCGGGUCUCACUAACCAAUAGUAGCUCUUUGCAAUCUAUCGCACUAUCACGACACGCCAUUACUUACACUUUCGAACAGUUAGCCAACAUUUUCAUGUUUGAUUUCUUUAUUGGUCAGUCAAAGGGAAAUUGAUUUGAGUAUAUGGGGCGUUUAUGUUCUUCCUUCAGUAUGUAAAUUAAAAUUGUUUAAAUGAUAUAAUAAUUUUUUUAGGAGUACAUUUAUAAUCCAUGUUAAUAACUUACCUAUUGUAUGAAAUAUGUUGCAUGCGCAACAAGAAAAUGGCAAAAUUAAGAAACAGGAGAUGAAUGGCAUGAAUGCAAGAGAUAAAUGCUCAUGAAUAUUGUGUUUGCUUUUUGGAUACAAGACUGACAGAAAAUGGCUGAGAAAUGAAUUGCUUAAAAUUUCCAAGAAAUCUUUAUUAAAAGCUUGCAACUUUUAAAAAAAAUUAAUGCUUUUAAAUUCUUUAAAAUUAAUGCUUUUAAACUUCAGAUGGACUUGAACAUUUUUGCAUGAUAAAGAUUUGGAAGUUUUUCUAUGGAGAUUUUCAGAUCGGCUGAUUUUUAGUUAUAUUUAUAAGAACAGAAUAGUUCGCACGUUUCGAUGAAAUGCUAGCUUUUUGGGUCCCUGUGACCGUGCAUGUUUUCGCUAACUGACACACUGGCUUGCUUUCUUACAGACUACAAAUCCCCGGAUCUGGAGGCCGCAUGGAGAAAGAACUACAUCCUGGGAAUUAUCGUUGCAUGUUGUCUAUGUAGCAUUUUCCUCAUCCUCUUGAUUAUUUUGAAAUUUUACUAUAGAAACAAGCCUUACGCUGGAAUCAAGGAGGACAGAUAAAUUUUAGGUCUCUUUACAGUUCGGUGCUCUGUCUUUCUGCCUUUAUAU